UUAUUUUUUCUUGGAAUUUGGGACAGUGAUGUCAAUAAAAGUGAGGUUAGAUCAGAAAAAUGUUAUUUUGAGGUUAUGCCGCGUAUUUUUGUUUCUCCAUCCGGGGUUUUAGCUGUAACUUCCUGAUCAAGCGCAUAUUUGUUAAUCUCAGUGUCAAAGAUGGUGGAUAAGAUUGAAGAUCUCAGCCUUCCGGGCUCAAUUGUACAGCGAAUUGUCAAGGAAGCCCUCCCAGAUGGGGUAAAUGUCGGCAAAGAAGCCCGGAGCGUACUCGGCAGAGCUGCUUCCGUCUUUGUGAUCUACCUAACAGCCUCCGCCACCAAUACAGCCAAAUCUCACAACCGGAAAGCCAUCACGGGGCAGGAUAUUCUGGAUUCACUCGAAGAGAUGGAAUUUGAGGAUUUUCUGGAGCCACUGAAGGAAUUCCAAGAGGCCUUCCGGAAGAAUGAGCAGGGAAAGAAGAAUAAGAAAAAGGAAGCAACAUCGAAGCAAGCAGCUGAGGAGACAAAUGAGCAGGAUGAAGAAAUGAUUGUUGGGGAAUAA